AUGUCGCUACGAAUCAGAGUGACUGGCGCGCACGCGCGUAGAGCGCAGCAGACAGACGCGUCACACAGCAGACAGCCACACGAAACCACGACGGACACCUCGACGUUCCAGCAGUUCAAGAGAGACGAGAGAAGCAAGGAACGACGAGGAAUGAGUGAAGAUCGAGGCAAUACGCAUCCGUUUAUCAAUCAGCAGUGCAUUCAGCGUCGUUUGUUUGAGGAAGCAGCUGCUGCUGACGACCACUGGCACGUCAUUCGGUAG